GGCACGGGGUAAUCUGCAGUGUAAAGAUUGCUUUUAUUAUUGCUGUCGCUCUUUCUAACUAGAACAGCACUUUCGCCUCGGUGACUAGCCUUGGUACUGGCUGUUGCCUUUUGAAUUUUAGUGCUAUUUACCAGUUCUCUUUGUAAUGGGUAAUUUCUGUGAUGGGUAUUUUAGGAAGGAAAAUAAAACUCUGGAGAAGAGCCUAUCCCAAAGGAAAGAUGAGAAGUGGUUUGUGUGAUGUGAUGCUCAGACUCAUAGAGUUUUACAGUCUUGGGGAUGCCAUUUUUUUAGGGGGAGGAGGAGCUUGAGAAACAGAAGGAGCAGCAAGAGGUAUCUAACAGUGAAGAGACUAAGGACCCUGGUGUAAGCUGACAUUCCUGUUUUGCAACCUGCCAGCUUUCUGGCCCUCAGCAAGAAUCCUCAUCUGCAUAAGGAUCCCAUGGAUGGAUGAUCGAUAUGACUGAUAGUUAGGUAGCUUGGUGACAGAUUAGCGAUAGAUAGAUUUGAAACUGAGUCAUACUAACACUUGGUUCUUGUUGUAGGUUUUUAAGGCUAAUGUUGACCAUAUAUCGUUUACCAUUGUCACUGAAUCGAUGUCUCUUGCAAUCUUUUAUAAUCCUUUUAUCUGCCUCCUUUUCUUGGAGAAUUUGGGGUUUUUAACAUUUUUGGAACCUACAGGGAUCCCUGUAACAUUCUUUUCUCUAUUUGUAACUUAACAAAAAAACUAAAAGCCUUGUCUUUGGUUUACUUAUUUGGCAAACUCUCCGACUUUGUACACAGUCCUGAUCCUGCACUUUUGAACUCUGCCCAGUUGGGCAGAGACUUCAGAUAGGACAGGCUGUGAAACGUGAGUGGCUGAAAAUGAUUUCUAGGAAUAUAUCAGCGUUCCUUUUUCUCCCUACAGUCUCUCUCUCCCAACACCCUUUCGAUCUUGGGUUUACUCUUACCUCCCUUGACCCCAACAAAAUGUUUUGGACUGUAUUUAGGAAAGAAAGGAUAGGAUUUUGUUUCAUGUUUAGCAUUAUAUGAAAAAGGUGUAAAUGUCAGUUGGCGAAAAAUUUCAGCUCGACUGCGGCAGUCAGCCCAGCAUUCAGCAGUUUUACUUAAUUUCAUUCGCGUUUUUCCUGGUUUUCCCAUGUCCUUCACUUUCCUCCUCUCGCCAUCUGUCCUUCCCUGCCUCCCUUUUCCUUUUUCUCCUCUUCCUCCCAUCUUCCUUUCAUUCAUUUUACAGCAGACUGGAGGCCAAGACAUCAUAACCAUCUGCAAGCAUGUCAGUACUAAGAUAGGAACUUUACUUUAGCCACACUGUCACAAUAAACAGAAUUGACAGCAAUUCCUUAACACUGUGUUCAUGUUUUCCUGAUCGAACCACAAAUAUCUUUUUACAGUUUGGGGAUGUUGUUUAAACUACAUAGCUUGUACUGAAUUGCUGUCUCUUCUAAUCUAUGCUAGUCUGCCAUCCCUUUGCUUCCUCUUUAGCAUACUAUUUAUUUAUGGGAAAAUGGGUUUUUAAUAUUCUCAUAUCAAUUGCUUUAUUCUACUGAUACUUAAAAAAAAAAAAAACUCUUCUCUUUAGCUUCUUAGUUCUCACCCUUGGCUGUACUUUGGAUCACACAGUAAGUUCUCACAUACUGAGGCCUAUAGCUCACCCUGAGAAGCUGGUUCAGUUGACCUUAUCUGCCUAACUAUCAUAGGCUUUAAAGGCUUUUCAGUGAGUCUGUUGUGUAGCAAAGCUUUAAUAAUUUUAAUUUGCUCUUAUGUUUUUACCUGUACUUGAGUUCUUGGAUCUAAAGUAUGAUUAAAUUAGGUUUACUUGAGAAAAAGUUAGAGUAUACCAGAUCUCUUGUGAUGGCUAAUUAGAAGGAAGGGUUUUUUUUUUAAUUUUUUAAUUAAUUAAUUAAUUUUUUUUUUUUUUUGGUUUUGUUUUGUUUGUUUUUUCCUAACAGUUGAUGUGAUGUUCAUCCAGAUGUAAUGGUUCACACCAGUAAUCUCAGCUCUUGGGAAGUUGAGUCAGGAAGAUUGCCCUGAGUUCAAGGACACCAUGGGUUACGUGGUAAACCCAGGGCCUUCCUGAACUGGAGUGAGACCCUGUCUUAUAAAACCAAAAGAAAAAGCACAAUUAAGUCAAGGUUCCUCAGCUUCCGUCUGUCAUCUAUGCUGUCCCUGGAACUGUAGAAAACUGGAGUGAGAGGUAGAAAUUGAAAUGGGCACACACUUGGAAAUAUCCUUGCCUUAGCUGCUCCGCCAGUCUUGCUCGCUCUGGUCUUGCUCCAGCGGGUGAAGAGGAGCGCUCUGACAGUACUCACUGAACUUCACAGACAGUUCUAGCCUAGUCCCUCCCAUUCCUUCUAGUCAUAGGAAUCAGAUCGUCCACCCCUUUUAGGAAUCACAGGUCUCACAGUUUCUGAGAAGCUGUGAAAACCUUGAGGCACUGACUGGUUAAUAUGUGACAUUUCCAAGGUCUGAUAGUGGGUAGAGGAAGGGCCUCCAUAAAUGUUGUCUUAUUCUAGUGCCCAUAUUCUAACGCAGGUGGGGUACUCAUCCAGUCUUCUUUGACAUGGAUUAUGCCAACUUCAUUUCCCUUGUGAAGCCUAUUAGACAGCCACUGAAUGCCCACUUAACACAGAUUUGGUUACGCAGUGGAGGAAAAGAAGGGGUGCCUCCCUUUACUCAGUCUGCAUGUGUCAGAUCUCCGACACAUUGCCCAUCCAUCUGCUAUCUGUUGUUCAACCCUGGGAAACAAACAUGCCUGCCGGGGUGCUACGGAGGCAGCCUGUAUCCUUACCUCCUUAACCUCCUCUGGUUUCUAAGUUUCCUGUAAGCUUAGAACACAGAGAUGAAUCAGCAUAUUUUCUAGUUUUGAAGUCUACAGUGUGUGUGGUAUGUUUGUUCAAAUGUUUGUGUGCUUGUACAUACGGGUACAUGCACACACGUGUGCACAUGGAAGCCAGAGAUCAGUAUUGAAUGUCUUCCUCUAUUGUUCUCCACCUUUAUCUAUUUAUGUUUCUGAGACAGGUCUCUCACUAAACCUAUUGCUCACCAAUUGGGCAAGAGUUGGCCAUCCAAUCUAGGGAUACUCUGUUCUGUACAUUCCUGCAGCUAGAAUUACAGAUCCACUGAAACUUGGCUGCCCUAGUCUCAAUUUCUCUCUCCAGGGGUAUGAGGUGUUCAGACCCAUUUCCAGAACAUCCUUUGGAGAGCUUAUUGUAGGGUUCAGAUUUCCUAAUUACUCUAGCAAAAUACCUAGCAGUAUAACUUAAAGAAGGGUUUAUUUGAAGAUAUUGUCUACCGUAGCGGGGAAUCAGUGUCGAAGGUUGGGGUGGCGGGUCACAUUCUGUCAUCAGGAAGCAGAGAGAGAGAUGGAUGCCAGUGCUCUACUUUCUACUUUUUAUUCAGUCUAGGAUCUUAGCCCAUGGAAUGGUACUACCUUUAUACACAUAGUCUCUUGCAGAAAUACAGCUCACAGCUGCAGUGAAACGGGAGAACUCCUUGGCUCGGGAUGGCUAGAGAAUCAAGGGAAAGCACAGCCCUGGACUCACACUCUGCAGAGGACCAGAUGGAGUUACUGGUCAUAAAGGUGGAACAGGAAGAGGCUUCCCCCUUGGCAGAGGAGGCCAGUUGGCUGGGUAGCCCUGGGCCAGACCGCUCCCGCCAGCGCUUCCGCGCUUUCCGCUACCCAGAGGCUGCUGGACCCCGGCAGGCGCUGAGCCGGCUCCGAGAGCUCUGCAGACAAUGGCUGCGGCCAGAUAUGCACAGCAAAGAGCAGAUUCUGGAGCUGCUGGUGCUGGAGCAGUUCCUGACCAUCCUGCCAGGGGAGCUGCAGGCCUGGGUGCGCGAGCAGCACCCCGACAGCGGGGAGGAGGUGGUGGCGCUGUUGGAGUACUUGGAGAGGCAGCUGGACGAGACGCCUCCACAGGUUCCAGAUGAUGACGAUGGGCAGGAAAUCCUUUGUUCCAAGGCAGUACUGUUGACAUCAGCUCAGGGCUCAGAGAGUAGCCAGAUGGAGCCCAUGGAGCCUCUGCUUAAGCAGGAGUCUUUGGGAACCCUGCCCUCAGAAGUCAGAGUCACCCAGGGGGGCCACUGUGAAGAAGAUGGAGUGGCAGCUCCCAGGCUCACUUCCGAGUUGCAGGGGUUGCUAAAAAUGGAAGAUGUAGCUCCAGCCCUUUCUCCCAGAUGGACAGAACAGGAUUCCUCUCAGAUGAACCUCUACAAGGACGACAUGCAGGAAAACCCUGGCAGCCUGGUUUCCCUAGAUCAGGACAUGCAGACUAAGAUUAGGGACUUGCCUCCCACUGAGGAGUACACAGAACAAAAGCCUGAGCAGACACUGUGCUUCUUGGGUGAAGACACUGUCCAGAUUCCAGCAGGUGCAGAAGCCAGUGAGCAGGAAGGCAAGUUACAGACAACACAGAAAGCUGCCACUGGAAAUAGGCGGUUCUACUGCCGUGAAUGUGGAAAGAGUUUUGCUCAGAGUUCAGGCUUAAGUAAACACAAAAGAAUCCACACUGGAUUGAAACCCUAUGAAUGUGAGGAGUGUGGCAAAGCCUUCAUUGGAAGCUCAGCUCUCAUCAUUCAUCAGCGGGUUCACACUGGUGAGAAGCCAUACGAGUGUGAAGAAUGUGGCAAAGCCUUCAGUCACAGCUCAGAUCUAAUCAAGCACCAGCGAACCCACACCGGGGAAAAGCCCUAUGAGUGUGAUGACUGUGGGAAGACCUUCACCCAGAGCUGCAGCCUCCUUGAGCAUCACAGAAUUCACACCGGGGAGAAGCCGUACCAGUGCAAUAUGUGUCCCAAAGCCUUUAGGCGCAGCUCACAUCUCCUGAGACACCAGAGGACCCAUACUGGGGAUAAAGAUUUUUUUGUUCCAGAACCUUACUGGGAAAGUCAUAGUAGGGUGGAAAGCCAUUGGGAAAAUAUUGAAACUCCUGUGUCUUAUCAAUGCAAUGAUUGUGCGAGAAGUUUCAGUAGGAUUACAAGCCUUAUUGAACACCAAAAAGUACACACUGGUGAAAAACCCUUUGAGUGCAAAACAUGUGGAAAAGGCUUCACCCGCCCUUCAUACCUUAUUCAACAUCAGAGAAGACACACAGGGAAGAAACCUGUCACAGUGACCCCCGCUGUACAUUCCGAAGUUGGUGUUCAACUGUCAUUGAACUGAAGUCACCCUUGAGCCUUAUGACUGCAGAAGUCAUAGCCUAGGGCUCUAUCUAAUAAUGCACAUUCUUAGAUAUUAGGGAUCUGGCUGAGACUCAUUAUCUUCUACAUGCUAGAAGGUAACUAGAGGAAAACAAAAAACUUAUUUCAUAGGAGGUUAUGAGAAAGAGUUUUCUGUAAGAGUUCUCACCCAUUGGAAUCAAAUGGGCUUCCUGACUGGCAAAUUGCCUUCCCUUGACCUGCAUCUCAGGUCUCCUGAGGGACACUUAUGCUUUGGGGGGGUUACUCUGACCCUUUUUAGGCUAAUGAGCCCUUCACAAGUGGUCAGACUUGGAAAUCAUAUGUCCUGCUUUGUGCCUUGUAUACAGGUGCUAACUCAUAGAGACUUAUUAAAUAUACUGGUGUGGUUUCCUGCAUAGCUCUAAAAACCCAUUAUUAUCUGGAAAAUUUCACCAAGGCCAUUUGUAUAUCUUAAAAAACAAACAACAGGAUGUUUUAGAUUGAGUCAAUGUAGUACUGCCUUGUUUUUAUUUUUGCUUUUGUUUUUUGCCAAGUUCUCUGACUUGGCAGGGGAGGGGUGAAGGUGAGGUUACUAUGCUAGAAUCCUUUAAUUUUUUACCUAAUUUAGGAAUUCUGUGAGAGUGCCUUAAACAGCUUCUUUAGCAUUAAGUCAUUGUGAAUGUGCCACCCAUGGAAUUCCAGUAAUAUUUUUUUUCUGUUAAUUUUGUUACUCUUGGGAGAAAAAAAAAAAAAAAACCCUUUCCUACUCAUGUAGUGUGAAAACCAGUUCCAGAAUAAAGUGAUCAAUGUCUAAGGA